CUUUGCAUUUUGCAUACUUUGGACAAAAAUAUUUAAAAAAUCAUUGUGACUGGUUGGUGUUUUCGCGGCCUUUUCUGAACUAACAUCCAGGAUAUAAUCAUACAGAUUUAAAUAUGGCGUCGAUAUCUGACAGUGAAAUUGUAAGCCUUGCCAAAGCCAUCGGCACCAACACAAAGUUAGUCGAUCUUGGACUGGAACUUGAUUUUAAUCUUGACGAUAUGGAAUUUUAUGAAGCUGACAAUCAUUCUGGUCACAAGGUAACUUAUGAGGGAACCAAGAGAUUGCUGAGAGAUUUCUGUGAUAAGACCCCUCUAGAACAGCAACGACCACUCCUGAAGAAAGCACUGGAGGAUGCGGGCUUGGUCAGGCUUGCUGAAUUACAUUUGACAGAUUCGUCAAGCCAAGCUGCUAGUAGUUCGUCCUCUGGUCAGGCUACUGGAAGUGAAACUGGAAGACCAGGACAGCAACCCGCUACGCAAUCUCGGCCCAGUGUAUCUAACACAAUUAGUGCCUCUGGAUCGAGUACUGCUUCAGGCAACACCAUGAUUGGGGAACAGACAAAUGUUUACAAUAGCACGCCAUCAGCACCGGUUGUGCAUCAACAUUUUACAACAAACGUGAAACAAGCCCCUGCUCCAGCUCCAGUAGCCAGACCAAUCAUCAUCACACAACCAGUAGGAGUUCCAAUGGGUCGAAAACGAUCAGCUAACACAAGUCAAAAUCCACCUGCAAAACGACAAAAGGUUACACAAUCAGGACCAUCCACAUCGAAGGGGGUCACUGCUAAACAGAAGAAAGCUCCAAAUCCCGAAAAGAAGACGCAGAAGAAAAAGGCACCCAAAACAGCAAAAGCCAAAAAUCCUAACACAAGUCAAAAUCCACCUGCAAAACAACAAAAGGUUACCCAAUCAGGACCAUCCACAUCGACGGGGGUCACUGCUAAACAGAAGAAAGCUCCAAAUCCCCAAAAGAAGACAGCGAAGAAAAAGGCACCCCAAACAGCAAAAGCCAAAAAACCUAAAGCGCCCAAGGCCCCCAAGGAAGCCCCCCAAAAGAAAAAGGGGCCCCAAAGUACAAAAACCCAAAAGAAAACAACAGCAAAGAGUCAGACCCCUAAAUCUCAUAAGAAGGCAAAGACGAGCAAAGCUAAAACUGCUGGAAAAGGUCGAUCUAAGAAAAAGUCAAAGAAAUAAAAGCCAGAAGUUUUCAAAACUCUGAUAAUUAUGUUUAAAAUUAGCCCACACAUCAAUUUCAUAGGGAACGCUUUUGUAUGUUAGAUAGAUUCGUUUCAGUUUAAAAAAUUAUGAUGAAUGAAAUUAGCGUGUAUUUAUACUAAAA